ACCCUCCCUCCCUCUCAGGCGGCGCUGCUGUGGAAGGAAGCGGAAAUAAACGUCGCAGUCAGACCUUAUGCUAACAGCUACAUCCAGGCUCCUCGGACGGGGUGGAAGCGACACCAGACCGACGCCGUUUGCUGCCUCUCCAGGGGACACAGGGAGCGGAUAGCCACGCCAGAGGGGGUUUUCCGGUCGUAACGGGGGCAGAAGACAAACGGAGCAACUCGAGUGGUGCCAUACUGUGACCUUUAUGUGAGGUCUAAGCCCUAAAGGAACGGGUCAUAGACGGGAGGAGAGACUCGGAGAGAAGCAUCUGGCCACAGAAGCCUGGAUACGUGUUUUUAUUUUUUACUUGGUUCCUUAAACCUGCAGCUAUAACCAGCAGUUUUGACAGCAAGCGACCAUGGAGGCCAUCGCCAAGUACGAUUUCACUGCCACCGCCGAUGACGAGCUUAGUUUCAAACGCGGAGAAGUUCUUAAAGUAUUAAAUGAAGAGUGUGAUCAGAACUGGUACAAGGCCGAGCUAAAUGGAAAAGACGGCUUCAUCCCCAAGAAUUACAUAGAGAUGAAACCCCAUCCGUGGUUCUUCGGGAAGAUUCCUCGAGCCAAAGCAGAGGAGAUGCUCAACAAACAGAGGCACGACGGGGCCUUCCUCAUCAGAGAGAGCGAGAGUGCACCGGGGGACUUCUCUCUCUCCGUGAAGUUUGGGAAUGACGUCCAACACUUCAAGGUUCUUCGUGACGGGGCUGGAAAGUAUUUCCUAUGGGUGGUGAAGUUUAACUCCCUCAACGAGCUGGUGGACUAUCACCGCUCCACCUCCGUCUCCCGCAAUCAGCAAAUCUUCCUGCGAGACAUAGAGCAGGUCCCCCAGCAUCCCACGUACGUGCAGGCGCUCUUUGACUUCGACCCCCAGGAGGAAGGAGAACUGGGCUUCCGGCGCGGCGACUUCAUCCAAGUCCUCGACAACUCUGACCCCAACUGGUGGAAAGGAGGCUGCCACGGCCAAACGGGCAUGUUCCCCCGCAACUACGUCACGCCUGUCAAUCGGAACAUGUAAACAGUCAGACCAUGUAAACAACAACAACAACAACAACCACAACACGGCAACCAUCAUCACCACCACCACCACCACCAUCAUCAUCAUCAUCAUCGUUCUUCAUCAGCCACCCCAUCCAACAACCAACCCCCCCCCACCCCCCAACCCCAACCCCCACCUCCACCCCUCUCAGCCAUUCCACGAUAACGGGAGCAGACAGGAAGAGCAAACAACUGAGAGAGAGAGAGAUAUUAAACAGGAGUAGUGCUGUCGUAGGCGUCGCUGUGUGGGUGGCAGCUGAGCAAAAUCAACUUUUACUUGUGCUGAGAAUGUUCACCGCCCCAGUGAACGCCUCGGCGAGGAUUGAACUGAGGGAAGUCGAGAUGCAGAGAAACUAAAGAGUAGUGCACCAACCAUGAAGAUAACCAAAUGAUUCUACCGCUCCUACCACAGCUGCUUCUGUCUUCUCCUAAACUUCUUAACAUUCUGCCUUUGUUUUUGUGUUCUCUUUUUUUCUUUUCCUUUGCCGCAUGUUGUUUUAAUCUCCUAAAUGAAAAUGCCUACCGAUAAAUCCUAACUCUGUUUUAAAGAAAAAAAAAUUCACAAAAAUAUAAAAAAGAAGAAAUGGUUUUUAAAAAAACAAAUUGUACAAAAAAGAGGAGAGGAAAAGAAACGAUGCCACCUACAGUACAGCAAGUUUCCAUGUUUAAGUUCAUUGGCACGUGAGCAUUGUACAUCAGCCAUUGGCUGUAUAAAUAAAUCAACUAUAGAGAGAAUCCAUUUUUUAAGAAUAUAUAUUAUAUAUUUGUAUGUGUUUGUCUGUUUUACCUCUCAUCAAAUUGUUUUUUUUGUUUGUUUUUUUCAUUUGUAAAUUAUGUUCGAUCCUUCCGUUCGUCUGGAUAAGACCUAGUAGCUCUAGAAUGUGCUGAAUUGUCAGUCAAGUUGUUCCUUUCUGUUUCGUCUGAAUCUAUCUGAGGGCUCUCAGAUAACACAGCGUGAUAUUUACGGGGUCCUGAGUUCCAUUUGAAAGAGAAAAGGUUUCUCUCGGGUCUGUAAUGCAACGAAAAGUCAAAGUUAAUGCGGAGAAACCUGAGAAGAGACGAAACCCCCCCCCCCCCCCUGUCAGGAAG